UCUCUAUUACCACAUGGCGGUGAACGAUAUCCCGGAAGAAUUUGUGGAGAGUGAUACCAUCUUUUUCCUGAGAGAGACAGCAGAAACGGUGUCGGAACCCAAUGACCUGGCCGAAGCCAACGACGUCUUGCCCGAAGUUUUGGAAUACGGCAUCCUGAACAACAACACUCUGUUGAUGCUCAAACAGAUCUUGGCCCUGGUGUACCUGCCCGCCAUGUCCCACAACCAGUAUGGCUUGGAUGAGAUCAGCACGCAUGCAGAGUCUGAGAAAGCUGAGGGGGAAGAUUCCCAGCUUGCCCAAAAGGCGCUGAAGAAGCCGCUGGUAUUCGAUAGUUACCAGAAUCUACGGAAUGAGUUCUUGAUGAACAUGCAGAAAUUCCUGAGCCACAUUCAGAGGACCAUCCAGCAGAUUGAAGGGGAAAUUAAGUUAGACAUGCCGACGUUAAGCAUAGAAGGGGACGCGUAUGAACUGGCGGCUGACCAGGAAGUGGUUGAAACAUUGGAAAACCUUGCAAACGGUUGGCUCGUGUUGAUCUCUUCUGCAAACGAAGAACUCCAGAGAAAAGUUCCCCAGGGGAACGGCCCGCUCCCGGAGAUCGAUCUCUGGCGGGAGAGAAAUGCCACCCUGAGCGCCCUGACGGAGCAGGUGAAGCUGCCCACAGUCAAGAAGGUCCUACAGGUGCUCGAAAUCGCCAAUGCGGGGAUCGUGGACAACUUGCAGGUGGUCAUCGCCGAACUCUCCAAGCAUCACGUGGAAGCGGUGGACAACGUGAGGUUUCUUUCCACCCUGGAGCGACAUCUGAAGAAUUUAACCCAUGGCACCGGGUUCAACGUCGUCUUGGAUACCAUCCCUUCUCUGAUGAAUGCUUUGCGGAUGGUCUGGAUUAUUUCGCGGCACUACAACAAGGACGAGCGGAUGGUCCCUCUCAUGGAACGGAUCGCCUGGGAGAUCUCGGCGAGGGUCUGCAAAGUCGUGGACCUGCGGACGUUGUUCAAAGAAGACAGGCAUCUGGCAAAAAUCAAGAUGGUAGAAGCUAAGCGAACUCUUGAAAUCUGGAAGGAAUCGUAUUUCGAUAUCCGGGCCAAAAUCGAAGCGUCAGGAAGAGACGCUCGGUGGGAAUUUGAUCGGAAGCGGCUGUUUGAAAAGACGGACUACAUGGCUUUCAUCUGUCAGGACCUCUACAACGUGUUGCAGGUCAUGGAGGAAUUUUACAACAUCUUUGGGCCUGAACUGAAAGCCGUGACGGGAGACCCCAAGCGCAUCGACGAAGUCUUGUACCGAGUAGACAGCCUGGUCAGCCCAAUGGAAGCUCUGACCUUUGACCCGUUCAACCUCAGAAGUGUAAACCAGUGGAAGGCAGUGAUGGAAGAGUUCAAGUUGGAAGUUGUACUCGAGAUCGUCAAUGGCAUUUUUGUCAACAACCUCACCAGUCCCCCUUUGUGCAAGAACCACCCUCCGAUGGCCGGAGCCAUUUACUGGGCGCGGUCUCUCUUCUACCGUAUCAAGCACACCAUCAUUCGCUUCCAGGAAGUGGAAGAACUGCUGGCUAGCGAACGCGGAAAGGAGGUGAAGCAAAAAUACCUGGAGGUGGCAAAGAGGAUGAAAGAAUACGAAGAUGUGAAGUACGACCAGUGGAGAAACACCACCGAAGAAAGGCUUCCAGUUCUGUUGAAAAAAACUCUCCUUGCUAGAAGCGUACGUUCAGAGGAGGUGGAAACCACCAGUGAGAAGUCGACACGUUUCGUGGUCAACUUUUCGCCCGUCCUUCGGGAGAUCAUCAACGAAACCAAGUACAUGGAGCACCUGGGAUUCCCCGUGCCCGAAAUUGCGAGGAAUGUGGCUUUGCAGGAAGACAAAUUUCUGCGAUACACGGAUAACAUCAAGCAGAUGCUGGACCACUACCACAAGUUAGUAGGGACCUUGAACGAGGCUGAGAUGCAGCUCCUGGACGAACACAUGCAAGACCUCUGGCGGGUUUUCCGAUCCGGUUACAAAAGGCUCAACUGGAACUCUUUAGGGAUUGGCGACUAUAUUAUACGGUGCACCCACGCCAUUGGGAAGUUUGAAUCCCUUGUGCAUCAGAUCCACAAGAAUGCCGAAGACAUCAAUAAUAAACUUCGAUUGAUUGAAUCGGCCAACCUGUUCAAAAGCCCUCCUUCCAAAGGAGACGGGCAUCUCCCAGGUGUGAAGGAUUACUUCGAGUUCGUCAAGCGCGAGCGAGCCAGGGACAUGGAGCACUUGGUCCGCAAGUACACCUCCGUGGGGCCCCUGCUGACCAAAAUGGAAGGCCUGGUGGUGAACACCAACACAGGGAAAGCCUCGCGGCUCGCGGCCUAUUACGCCUUCUGGGAGAAGAAAAUCUACCAAAGCUUGACCAACUUGGUUCUGAAGAAUUUGCAGUCCUUCAACGCCGCCGUGGUCGGGGAUGUUCCGCUCUUCCAAGCUGAGACCAUUUUGUCCGCCCCUGAGAUCAUCCUCCAGCCGAACAUGGGGGAAAUUGAGAAGAUGAGCAUCCACUGCAUUCGAGACUGCGUGGAAACCACCAAGCUUUUUAUUCGCUGGUUGCACGGCAGUUGCAUCGAGUGCCCACCUCAGCAAACAGGGGACGAUGAACCGGUCAUCUUCAGCUUCUUCAGCGACAUCUCCCAGAACCCAACAGUCAUCGAACAGGCCAUCCUGAUCACGCAGAACAUGCACAAGCUCCUGGCUUCUCUCACCAAAUACCUCAACCGUUGGAAGCGGUAUCGGCCCCUCUGGAAACUGGACAAGGCCAUCGUCAUGGAGAAGUUUGCUGCCAAGAAGCCGCCUUGCGUGGUUUUUGACGAGAAGCUGCAGUUCUACAUGAAGGUGGCCCAGGAAGUCAUGCAACAGCCCAUGGUCAAAGAUGAGCAAUGCAUCCGCCUGUUGCUGGCCCCGUUGGCCUUCACAGUCCAGGAGAAUGCCAGAGGUUGGAUCACUUCCCUUGGGAGGCUACUCAACGAGUCAGCCAAAGAGGUGCUGUAUAGUCUCCAAGAAAACAUUGAGAGAUUGUCGCACAAUUUGAAAACGACCCCCAAUACCUUGGAAGAUCUCAAAUUUGUCCUGGGCACAAUAGCCGAGAUCAAACAGAUAUCUCUAGAAGUGGAACUCAAGUAUUUGGAUAUUCAAGAGAGAUAUCGGACCUUGGGCAUGUACAACAUUGCUAUAACAGAAGAAGAAAAGAACCUGGUGGAUAAGAUGAAGCUGAUGUGGGAAACUCUUUAUGCUGAUGCGGCCGGAGUUGAUCACAGCCUGGGCAGCAUCAAGAAGACUUUUACGGAGAUCACAAGGGAGCAGAUUGGAAAUUACAGCAAGGAGAUCGACGACUUCUACCAACGGUUUGUUACCGAGGGACCCGGUUCUGUCGGUGAAAAUCUUGAUAGAGGGUUGGAGUUGAUGGUGGUUUUUGAAAGAGAAUUGGAGAAACACGAGAGGAAUCGUCAAGAAUUAGCCAACGCCGAAAAACUCUUUGACCUGCCCAUCACAAUGUAUCCUGACAUGAUCAAAAUCCAAAAAGAAAUGAAAGGCCUCAGGCAGAUCUACGAAAUCUAUAAGCUGCAGCAGGCUGCCAAAGAGGAAUGGUCCCAGACCCUCUGGGUGAAUCUUAAUGUCCAGGUGUUGCAGGAAGGAAUUGAAGGGUAUCUCAAAACCCUUCGCAAGUUGCCAAAACACGUGCGUAGCAUGCCGGUGGCCUAUCACCUGGAAAUGAAGAUGAAAGCUUUCAAGGAAUCCAUUCCUUUGCUGCUGGAUUUGAAGAAUGAAGCCUUACGAGAGAGGCACUGGAAGGAGCUGAUGAGCAGGACAGGCACCAGUUUCGACAUGGCCACCGAAACCUUCACCUUGGAGAACAUGUUUGCCAUGCAACUGCACAAAUAUUCCGACGUAAUCAACGAGAUUGUGGGGUCUGCCGUCAAAGAGCUGAGCAUCGAGAAGGGAGUGAAGGAAAUCAUUGAAACGUGGGAGAACAUGAAAUUUACCGUCCAACGGUACUUCAAAGGGACUCAAGAACGCGGCUUCAUUUUGGGAUCCGUCGAUGAGAUCAUUCAGAUCCUGGACGACAAUGCCGUCAACCUUCAAAGUAUUUCCGGAAGUCGAUUUGUGGCACCCUUUUUGGGCACUGUCCACAACUGGGAGAAAACCCUCUCUUUGAUUGGUGAAGUGAUUGAGAUCUGGAUGAUCGUUCAGCGGAAAUGGAUGUAUCUGGAAAGCAUCUUCAUCGGGGGUGACAUCAGAUCCCAGCUGCCUGAGGAAGCCAAAAAAUUUGACAACAUAGAUAGGGUCUUCAAAAGGAUCAUGGGAGAAACGGUCAAAGAUCCGGUGAUCAAGAGGUGCUGCGAAGCUCACAACCGUCUUAGCGACCUUCAGAACAUAAGCGAUGGGCUGGAAAAGUGCCAGAAGAGUUUGAACGAUUAUCUGGAUUCCAAGAGGAACGCUUUCCCGCGUUUCUUCUUCAUCUCGGACGACGAGCUGCUCAGCAUCCUCGGAAGCAGUGACCCCUUGUGCGUUCAAGAGCACAUGAUCAAGAUGUACGACAACAUCGCUGCCCUGAAGUUUCACGAGGACGACAGUGGGAUGAAGAUCGCCACUGCCAUGAUUUCCGCAGAAAAUGAAGUGAUGGAGUUCCGGAAAGCCAUCCCGGCGGAAGGCAGAGUUGAAAACUGGAUGACGGCGGUGCUGAUCGAAAUGCGGAGGACGAACAGGCUGAUCACCAAGGAAGCCAUCUUUCGGUAUUGCGAGGACCGAAGCAGAGUUGAUUGGAUGCUGAUGUAUCAGGGGAUGAUGGUGCUGGCAGCCAACCAGGUGUGGUGGACCUGGGAGGUCGAAGACGUCUUCCGGAAGGUCAAGAAAGGAGAGAAACAAGCCAUGAAGAUCUACGCCAAGAAAAUGCACCAGCAGAUUGACUCGCUGGUGACCCGGAUCACCAAGCCGCUAAGCAAGAACGACAGGAAGAAAUACAACACUGUUCUCAUCAUUGACGUCCAUGCGAGGGAUAUUGUUGAUACCUUUGUACGAGACAGCAUCAUGGAAGCCCGAGAAUUUGAGUGGGAGAGCCAGUUGCGAUUUUACUGGGACCGCGAGCCUGACGAGCUCAACGUACGGCAAUGCACCGGGACCUUUUCUUACGGCUACGAAUACAUGGGCUUAAACGGGCGCCUGGUCAUCACUCCCCUCACAGACCGGAUAUACCUGACGCUCACACAGGCCUUGUCUAUGUACUUGGGUGGAGCUCCUGCGGGUCCAGCAGGAACUGGAAAGACCGAGACAACGAAGGAUCUCGCCAAAGCUUUGGGCUUGCUUUGUGUGGUCACCAACUGUGGAGAAGGCAUGGACUUCAAGGCUGUGGGCAAAAUCUUCUCGGGCCUCGCCCAGUGUGGAGCGUGGGGCUGCUUUGAUGAAUUCAACCGGAUCGAUGCUUCCGUCCUCUCAGUCAUCUCCUCCCAGAUUCAGACGAUCCGAAACGCCCUCAUGAACCAGCUGAAAACAUUUCAGUUUGAAGGGCAAGAAAUCGCACUGGACCCUCGGAUGGGCAUUUUCAUCACCAUGAAUCCUGGCUACGCGGGACGAACGGAGCUCCCUGAAUCCGUAAAGGCCCUUUUCAGACCAGUGGUGGUCAUCGUCCCUGACCUGCAGCAGAUUUGCGAAAUUAUGCUGUUCUCCGAGGGGUUUCUCCUGGCGAAGGUGCUAGCCAAGAAGAUGACUGUGCUGUACAAGUUGGCAAGAGAACAGCUUUCUAAACAGCAUCACUACGAUUUUGGGCUUCGGGCUCUGAAGUCUGUCCUGGUCAUGGCCGGAGAGCUGAAAAGAGGGUCUUCAGAUCUCCCCGAGGAUGUGGUCCUCAUGAGAGCCCUGCGAGAUAUGAACCUCCCCAAGUUUGUCUUUGAAGAUGUUCCUCUUUUCCUCGGCUUGAUCUCCGAUCUCUUCCCUGGACUGGAUUGCCCCCGUGUCCGCUAUCCCAAAUUCAACGAUGCGGUGGAACAAGUACUGGCUGAAGAAGGUUACAUGGUUCUACCUGUUCAGGUGGAUAAAGUGGUCCAAAUGUAUGAAACAAUGCUAACACGACACACCACAAUGGUGGUAGGGCCAACCGGAGGUGGCAAGUCAGUGGUCAUCAACGCCUUGUGUCACGCUCAGACAAAAUUAGGCCUGCUGACCAAGCUGCACAUCCUGAACCCCAAAGCCAUGAGUGUGAUCGAAUUGUACGGCAUCCUCGAUCCCACCACACGAGACUGGACCGAUGGCGUUUUGUCCAACAUCUUCCGGGAAAUCAACAAACCCACCGACAAAAAAGAGAGACGGUACAUAUUAUUUGAUGGCGACGUCGAUGCUCUCUGGGUAGAAAACAUGAAUUCUGUGAUGGAUGACAACAAGCUGUUGACUCUGGCCAACGGGGAGCGUAUCCGGCUUCAAGCCCAUUGUGCUCUUCUGUUUGAGGUUGGCGACCUACAAUACGCUUCCCCAGCCACUGUAUCACGUUGUGGGAUGGUCUUUGUAGACCCGAAGAAUUUGAGAUACAGACCUUAUUGGGAUAAAUGGACAAAAGAAAGAAGCAAGCAAGAGAAACAACUGUUGGACAGGCUCUUUGACAAAUACGUGCCUUUUUUGAUCGAAAUGAUCGUCGAAGGGAUUGUGGAUGGACGGCAAGGGGAAAAAAUGAAGAUGAUUGUCCCGCAGACGGAUCUGAACAUGGUGACUCAGCUGAGCAUGAUGCUCGAUGCUCUGAUCGAGGCUGAAGUGGAGGACCCCGAUGUGCUUGAAUGCUACUUCCUAGAAGCCCUUUACUGCUCCUUAGGAGCCAGUCUCCUUGAAGCGGGAAGGGGCAAAUUUGAUGACUUUAUUAAGCGCAUCUCUUCCAUGUCAACAGUCAACGACGAGACGGUUUUAGCAAAGCCAGGAGAAUUGCCAGGGCAGCUCCCCACCUUGUACGAUUUCCACUUUGACGGGAGAAGGUGGGUGCCGUGGAGCAGCCUGGUUGCUCAGUAUCGCCACACUCCUGAAGUGAGAUUUAUCGACAUCCUAGUUCCAACUGUGGACACCACCCGCACCACUUGGCUGCUGGAGAAGAUGUUGAAGAUCAAGCGCCCGAUGGUUCUGGUGGGAGAGUCGGGGACCUCCAAAACGGCCACGACGCAGAACUUGCUCCGGAAGCUGAACCCAGACACAAACGUUCUGCUGGUCAUCAACUUCUCUUCUCGCACCACUUCCAUGGACAUUCAGAGGAACAUGGAAGCCAACGUGGAGAAGCGGACCAAAGAAACCUACGGGCCUCCCAUGGGAAAACGGCUCCUGGUCUUUAUGGACGACAUGAACAUGCCUCGGGUGGACGAAUACGGUACCCAGCAGCCCAUCGCUCUGUUGAAACUGCUGCUCGAGAAGGGCGCCUUGUAUGACCGGGGGAAGGAGAUGAACUGCAAAUACCUCCGCGACUUGGGCUUCAUUGCCGCCAUGGGCAAAGCCGGUGGCGGCCGCAACGAAGUGGACCCCCGCUUCAUUUCCCUCUUCAGCGUGUUCAAUGUGCCCUUCCCUUCGGAGGUCUCCCUGCACUUGAUUUACGCCUCCAUUUUGAAAGGGCACUUGGCGACCUUCGACGAGUCCAUUGCUGCCAUUGCGGACAAAAUCACCUCCUGCACUCUGACCCUUUAUGAAACCAUCGUCCACGACUUGCCGCCGACACCUUCGAAAUUCCACUAUAUCUUUAACCUGCGGGACCUCUCCAGGGUUUACAACGGGCUGGUCCAAACCACCCCAGAACGGUUCCAAACAAUCACCCAGAUGGUGAGGGUAUGGAGAAACGAAUGCCUGCGUGUUUUCCACGACCGGCUGAUCAACAAGGCAGAUAAAGCUCUGGUCCAAGGCCUUAUACAAGGCCUGCUGGAAACGAAUUUCAAAGACUCUGCUGAAAAUGCCCUCAGGGACCCCAUCCUGUUUGGAGACUUCCGAACGGCCUUGAACGAAGGGGAACCUCGCGUUUACGAAGACAUCCAAGAUUAUGACGCAGCCAAAGCUCUCUUCCAGGAGAUUUUGGAGGAAUACAAUGAAGUGAACACAAAGAUGAACCUCGUGCUGUUCGACGAUGCUCUGGAACACCUGACCCGCGUUCAUCGUAUCAUUCGAAUGGACCGGGGCCACGCGCUGCUGGUAGGAGUCGGGGGCUCCGGAAAGCAGUCCUUGGCGAGAUUAGCCGCCUACACCGCGGGAUGUGAGGUCUUUGAAAUAGUUCUCAGCCGAGGAUACAGCGAAAACAAUUUACGGGAAGACCUCAAGAUUCUCUACACGAGACUCGGGAUCGAGAAUAAAAUCGUCGUCUUCCUCUUUACGGAUGCCCACGUGGCAGAAGAAGGGUUCUUGGAGCUUAUCAACAACAUGUUAACCUCAGGCAUCGUCCCAGCCCUCUUUGCGGAUGACGAGCGAGACAACAUUUUGAGUCAGAUCACCCAGGAAGCCAUGAAAACAGGCAUCGCCCCAGCCAAAGAGAGCGUCUGGCAGUACUUUGUGAACAAGAGCGCCAACAACCUCCACAUUGUCCUCGGGAUGUCCCCUGUGGGGGAGACCCUGAGAACGCGCUGCCGAAAUUUUCCAGGCCUCGUCAACAACACUGGCAUUGAUUGGUUCCUGCCCUGGCCUCCUCAAGCUCUGUAUGCUGUGGCAAAGUUUUUUUUGGGGAGCAAUCCGCUCGUCCCCUCGGAGCACACCGAGGAGCUGAUCGCUCACACCGUCAUGGUCCACGGUUCGGUUGGCGUCUACAGCAAAAAGUUCUUGCAGAAGCUCCGGAGGAGCAAUUACGUCACGCCCAAGAAUUACCUGGAUUUCAUCAACACCUACACCAAGCUGCUGGAGGACAAGAAUAAUUUCAUUUUGGCUCAGUGCAAGCGGCUGGAUGGUGGCUUGGAUAAACUGAAAGAGGCCACAAUUCAACUGGACGAGCUCAACCGGAAGCUAGCUGAGCAGAAGAUUGUGCUGGCGGAGAAAUCGGCCGCCUGCGAAGCUCUGCUUCAAGAGAUCGCCACCAAUACGGCCAUCGCCGAGGAGAAGAAAAAACUGGCCGUCGAAAAAGCCAUGGAGAUCGAAGAGCAGAACAAAGUCAUCGCCGUGGAGAAGCGGGAAGCCGAGACGGCCCUGGCGGAAGCCAUGCCGAUCUUAGAGGCUGCCAAGCUGGAGCUGCAGAAGCUGGAUAAAUCCGAUGUGACGGAGAUCAGGUUGCCUUCCCUUCAACCCCUUUCUGAUAUUUGUCUCCUAACCCAACGGUCCGCCCCCAACGGGCUUCCUUCGGUCUCCACCAGGUGGCUGAACGACUUGGAGGAACUCAAGAAGAAGCAGGUGAAGCUGCUGGGGGAUUGCCUGCUGUGCGCCGCCUUCCUGAGCUACGAAGGUGCCUUCACCUGGGAAUUCAGGGACGAGAUGAUUAAGGACGUCUGGCAGGCUGACAUCCUUUCCAGGGAGAUCCCUCUCAGCCAGCCCUUCCGUUUGGAAAACCUCCUGACCGAUGAAGUGGAGAUCAGUCGGUGGGGCUCCCAAGGUCUUCCCCCAGACGAGCUCUCUGUCCAUAACGGGAUCCUGACCACCCGAGCCAGCCGAUUCCCGUUGUGCAUUGACCCCCAGCAGCAAGCCUUGAAUUGGAUCAAGCGGAAGGAAGAGAAAAAUAACCUCCGGAUGGCUUCGUUCAACGACCCCGAUUUCCUGAAGCAACUGGAAAUGGCCAUAAAAUACGGGAACCCUUUCUUGUUCCAUGACGUCGAUGAAUACAUUGACCCGGUCAUUGAUAACGUCUUGGAAAAAAACAUCAAAACUGCCCAGGGACGGACAUUUAUCAUUCUUGGGGACAAGGAGGUGGACUACGAUCCCAAUUUCAAGCUCUAUUUGAACACCAAGCUGGCUAAUCCUAAAUAUUCACCAUCGGUGUUUGGCAAAGCCAUGGUCAUCAAUUACACAGUGACCUUGAAAGGGUUGGAAGACCAGCUGCUUAGCGUGAUCGUGGGCUUCGAAAGACGUGAACUGGAAGAGCAGCGAGAACAUCUCAUCCAAGAGACCAGUGAGAACAAAAACUUGCUGAAGGACCUGGAAGACUCCCUUCUCCGUGAAUUGGCCACCUCCACGGGCAACAUGUUGGACAACGUGGACCUGGUCCACACCCUGGAGGAGACAAAAGCCAAAGCUAAUGAGGUCUCUGAAAAACUCAAGCUGGCUGAGAAAACCGCAGUUGACAUCGACAAACUGCGGGAUGGCUACCGCCCUGCGGCCAAGAGAGGAGCCAUUUUGUUUUUCGUGCUGUCCGAAAUGGCCCUGGUCAAUAUCAUGUACCAGUACUCCUUGUCCGCCUUCUUGGAUGUCUUUGGUCUCUCGCUCCGGAAAUCUAUGCCGGACACCAUCCUUGCCAAAAGGUUGCGCAACAUCAUGGAUACUUUGACCUUUAAUAUUUACAACUAUGGCUGCACAGGCCUGUUUGAGAAACACAAACUCCUUUUCUCCUUCAACAUGACCAUCAAGAUUGAACAGGCCGACCACAGGGUCCCUCAAGAAGAACUGGAUUUCUUUUUGAAAGGCAACCUUUCCUUGGAGAAGAGCGCCCGGAAGAAGCCGUGUCUCUGGCUUGCGGACCAAGGCUGGGAGGACAUCAUCCGCCUCGCUGAACUCUUCCCAGAAAAAUUUGGCGGUCUUACCGACGACCUAGAAGAAAAGCUGAGUGAUUGGAAAGCUUGGUACGACAUCGACGCUCUGGAACAAACUCCGUUCCCCCUGCACUACAACAGCACCCUCACCAACUUCCAGAAGCUGCUCCUCUUACGAUGCUUCCGAGUGGAUCGGGUCUAUCGUGCUGUGACCGACUACGUCACCCUCACCAUGGGUGUGAAGUAUGUCCAGCCUCCGGUGAUCAGCUUCGAGGCCAUCUACGAGCAGAGCACCCCUAAUUCGCCCAUUGUCUUCAUCCUGAGCCCUGGCUCUGACCCGGCCACUGACCUCAUGAAACUGGCUGAUCGGACUGGCUUUGGAGGGAACCGGCUCAAGUUCCUGGCAAUGGGCCAGGGGCAAGAGAAGGUGGCGCUGCAGCUGCUGGAGAACGCGGUGGCCCGUGGCCAGUGGCUCAUGUUGCAGAAUUGUCAUCUCUUGGUGAAGUGGCUGAUCGACCUGGAGAAGGCCGUUGAAAGGAUCACAAAGCCUCACCCAGAUUUCCGACUGUGGCUGACCACUGACCCGACCAAAGGUUUUCCCAUUGGGAUCCUUCAGAAAUCUCUUAAGGUAGUCACGGAGCCCCCCAACGGGUUGAAGCUCAACAUGAGAGCGACCUUCUUCAAAAUCUCCCACGAGUCUCUCGACCAGUGUCCUCACGCCGCCUUCAAGUCUUUGGUCUACGUCUUAGCAUUUUUCCAUGCUGUAGUCCAGGAGAGGAGGAAGUUUGGGAAGAUCGGUUGGAACGUGCCCUACGAUUUCAACGAAUCGGAUUUCCAGGUCUGCAUGGAGAUCCUCAACACAUACUUGACCAAAGCUUUCCAGCAAAACGAUGACAAAAUCCCCUGGGGAAGCCUGAAGUAUCUCAUCGGAGAGGUGAUGUACGGCGGGCGAGCCAUUGACAGCUUCGACCGGCGCAUCCUUACUAUUUACAUGGACGAAUACCUGGGAGAUUUUAUCUUUGAUACGUUCCAGCCCUUCCAUUUUUUCCACAAUGACGAAGUUGAUUACCGAAUCCCCGAAGGGACGUCGAAGGACGAUUAUGUGGAAGAGAUUGAGUCCCUACCCCUAGCCAACACGCCGGAGGUGUUUGGCCUGCACCCGAACGCUGAAAUUGGGUACUACACCCAGGCAGCCCGCGAUAUGUGGUCCCAUCUGUUAGAGCUACAGCCCCAAACAGGGGAAUCCGGUGCUGGGAUCAGCCGGGACGAGUACAUUGGUCAGGUUGCCAAGGACAUUGAGAACAAGCUGCCCAAGGUUUUCGAUCUGGAUCAUAUCAGGAAGGUUUUGGGCAUCGACAUCUCACCGACGACGGUGGUGCUGCUGCAGGAACUGGAGAGGUUCAACAAACUCAUCGUCCGGAUGACCAAGUCUUUGGCCGAGCUGCAGAGAGCCUUGGCUGGGGAAGUUGGCAUGAGCAACGAACUGGAUGAAGUAGCCCGGGCUCUCUUCAACGGUCAGAUUCCAAACAUCUGGAGGAAGUUGGCUCCUGAUACGCUGAAGACCUUGGGCAACUGGAUGAUUUAUUUUAAGAAUAGGUUUCUCCAAUACACCUCGUGGGUUGAGGAAAGCGAGCCGAGCGUCAUGUGGCUGUCAGGGCUGCACAUCCCGGAGUCCUACCUCACGGCGCUCGUCCAAGCCACCUGCAGAAAGAAUGGCUGGCCUCUCGACCGCUCCACUUUAUACACCCAAGUCACCAAAUACCGGACCGCCGACGAGGUCACGGAGCGGCCAGGACAAGGGUGUUUUGUCUCCGGCCUGUACCUGGAGGGGGCCGACUGGGACCUGGACAACGGCUGCCUCACCCGCAGCAAGCCCAAAGUGCUGGUGGUGGAUUUGCCCAUCCUGAAGAUCAUCCCCAUUGAGGCCCAUCGGCUCAAGCUGCAGAACACUUUCCGGACGCCAGUCUACACGACCUCCAUGCGGAGAAACGCUAUGGGAGUUGGAUUGGUAUUUGAAGCCGAUCUGUUUACCACAAGGCAUCUCUCUCACUGGGUCCUCCAAGGGGUUUGCCUCACCUUAAAUGCCGAUUGAGCCUCGGUGCAGCCAUGCCGUAGCUCCGUUAACCGAUUUUG